CUUAUCAGUAACGUCAAUGUCACUGUCAGUGUCAGUCAGUCCAACCUGCAAGUCGAAGUCGAAGUUUAUCAAAUCAAAAGCAAUCAAAAAUCUACAAUGAGUCCUCCAGGUUUCCAGUUCGCCAUUGACCGUGGAGGCACGUUUACAGAUGUGUUCACCCGAUGCCCCAACGGCAAGGUGCGGGUCAUGAAGCUCCUGUCUGUGGACCCGCAGAACUAUGAUGAUGCGCCAAGGGAGGCUAUUAGACGGAUUCUUCAAGAGGAAACCGGUAACGCGCUAGACAAGGACGGCAAGGUCAACACAUCCCUCAUAGAAUCCAUCCGUAUGGGAACCACAGUGGCUACAAACGCACUGCUGGAGCGGAAAGGUGCCAAGAUGGCGCUGGUCAUUAAUAAGGGCUUCAAGGACCUGCUGCUCAUUGGCAACCAGGCUAGGCCUAAUAUUUUCCAAUUGGACAUAAAACGGCCUGACGUCCUAUACUCUGAAGUCAUAGAAGUAGACUGCCGCGUCAUCCCAGCCUUAGAAGAUCGUUGCCAACUUGGCGCACUCAAGAGCCAAUGGCGACCCGUCACAGGCAUCACUGGAGAGAAAAUGCUAGUCAUGCAAGAGCUAGACGAGGAUGCAGUGAGGCGGGAUUUGAUGAGACUGAAAGAGAAGGGAAUAGAGAGUGUUGCUGUCGUGUUGGCGCAUAGUUAUACGUAUCAUGAGCAUGAGGUUAGGAUUGGGAAGAUUGCUGAGGAAAUCGGCUUUCCCCUCGUCUCGCUCUCGCACGCGGUAACGGCUAUGGUGCGUCUCGCACCCCGCGGCUACACGGCCGCGGCCGAUGCGUACCUCACACCGCACAUACAACAGUAUCUACGCGGCUUCGCUCGUGGAUUCAAGGAUGAAUUGAAGGGAACCAAUGUGCUGUUUAUGCAGAGCGAUGGAGGACUUACACCUAUGGAUCUGUUCAACGGUUCCCGCGCUAUCUUGUCCGGGCCGGCGGGAGGGGUAGUGGGGUACGCUAUGACAUCGUACCAGAAAGAGACCGGCCUUCCAGUUAUAGGCUUCGACAUGGGUGGUACUUCGACGGACGUGUCGAGAUAUGCUGGCGCGUUGGAACAUGUUCACGAGGCCACGACCGCUGGAGUCACCAUCCAGGCACCGCAGUUAGACAUAAACACAGUAGCCGCUGGCGGCGGGUCCAUGUUAACUUUCCGCUCUGGUCUGUUCGCGGCCGGGCCCGAGUCCGCGUCAGCCCACCCGGGUCCCGCUUGCUACAGAAAGGGCGGCCCUCUUACUGUCACCGACGCUAAUCUACUGCUUGGCCGCCUUCUACCUGAAUAUUUCCCUAAAAUCUUUGGUCCGAAGGAGAAUGAGCCUUUAGACAAGGAAGCAACGAUCAAAGCUUUCAAAAAGAUGACAGACGAAAUCAACGGUUUCCUGAAAGCUGAUGGCGGAAAACAGAUGAGCAUGGAAGAAGUGGCUAUGGGAUUCCUAAAUGUCGCAAAUGAAGCAAUGUGCAGACCUAUAAACGCGCUGACAACAGCCCGCGGUCACGACGCGUCGCGUCACGCGCUGGCGUGCUUCGGCGGCGCGGGCGGCCAGCACGCGUGCGCCGUGGCGCGCACACUCGGCGUCACUACCGUCCUGCUGCACAAGUACGCAGGAAUCCUGUCAGCCUACGGCAUGGCGUUAGCCCACGUCGUUCACGAGGCCCAACAGCCGAGCGGUUGUGUGUACGCGCCCAACAACUUCCAGGAUAUAGACCGACAGCUGGACGUGCUAGCUGCUGUCUGCAGAGACAAGCUGAGGAAACAGGGCUUCUCGGACGCACGGAUCCAAACGGAGCCAUACCUGCAUCUGCGCUAUGUCGGAACAGAUUGCGCGCUCAUGGUGUCCCCUGUACCAGCCACGGGCAAGCCUGCCACGCAACACGGGGACUUCUAUACUGCGUUCGUCACGAGGUACCAGAAUGAGUUUGGGUUCACGCUUGCUGUCAGAGAUGUCAUAGUGGAUGACAUUCGAGUUAGAGGCGUUGGUUUGAGCGAGGUAGCAGAAGAAACAGCGCCACCUAGUGGAAAGGGGACUAAACCGGUAUCUGAGAAGUCAGUGAAGGUUUACUUCGAAGGCGGAUACCAAGACACGGCCGUAUACCUUUUGGACAAAUUACAUCCAGAGCAAGUUGUUCCCGGGCCAGCCAUCAUCAUGGACAGCCUGUCUACUGCCCUUGUGGAGCCUGACUGCCGCGCUGAAAUAACCAAGUUGGGUGACAUCAAGAUAACAAUCGGCUCUGGACAGCCCAAACGGAUAACCACAGCUCUAGAGCCCAUACAGCUCAGCAUCUUCUCACAUCGCUUCAUGUCUAUAGCUGAGCAGAUGGGCAGAGUACUGCAAAGAACCUCAAUCUCUGUGAACAUCAAGGAACGACUGGAUUUCUCUUGCGCGCUGUUCGGACCUGAUGGCGGCCUGGUAUCCAACGCGCCUCACAUACCAGUGCAUCUAGGCGCUAUGCAGGAGACUGUGCAAUACCAGAUGAAAGUCCGCGGUGAUUCUCUGAAGCCGGGUGACGUACUUCUCGCCAACCACCCCAAGGCGGGAGGUUCCCAUCUACCGGACCUUACCGUCAUUACACCAGUAUUUCACAACGGUCGCGGCCGUCCAAUAUUCUUCGUGGCGUCCCGAGGUCACCACGCGGACAUCGGAGGCCUAACUCCAGGGUCUAUGCCUCCACAUUCCGUAUCUCUCAAACAGGAGGGGGCUGCUUUCAAGUCAUUCUUACUGGUGGAUGGGGGAAAGUUCAAUGAGAAGGAGCUUACAGCAGAGCUGAUGAAACCUGGUGAGGAAGAAGGCUGUUCUGGCACACGCAAUUUGGCUGAUAACUUGUCCGAUCUAAAGGCGCAAGUCGCUGCUAACCAACGGGGAAUUCAACUAGUAGGAGAGCUGAUAAACCACUACGGACUUGAUGUGGUGCAAGCGUACAUGGCACACAUACAGAAGAACGCUGAGAUUGCCGUGCGAGACAUGCUCAAGGAAAUAGCGAAUAAGACAUACGCAAGUACGGGAUCAACCGUAUUGAAAGCGGUGGAGUACUUGGACAAUGGCACACCUAUAGCACUCAGCGUCACUAUUGACAAGGAGACGGGUACAGCGCUCUGCGACUUUACAGGCACUGGCGUGGAAGUAUGGGGUAACCUAAACUCGCCGCGCGCUAUCACUCUUUCAGCACUGAUCUACUGUCUGCGUUGUAUGGUGGGACAUGAUGUUCCGCUUAACCAGGGUUGCCUGAACCCGGUGCAGGUGGUUAUUCCACCGGGCUCCAUACUGGACCCGUCGGAAAGCGCGGCCGGUGGGGGCAACGUGCUCACAUCACAGCGUAUCGUUGACGUCGUGCUUAAGGCUUUUCAGGUGUGCGCCGCGUCUCAGGGCUGUAUGAACAACCUGACGUUAGGCGAGGACGACUGGGGAUAUUACGAGACCGUGGCCGGCGGCAGCGGGGCGGGCCCAGGCUGGCACGGAUCAGGCGGCGUCCACACACACAUGACCAACACGCGGAUCACCGACGUGGAGAUAGUUGAGCGGCGGUAUCCCAUGCUUGUGGCUGAGUUUUCGCUGCGACCAAACACGGGUGGACGAGGGCGCUGGCGCGGCGGCGACGGCACGCGGCGCGCGCUAGUAUUCCGCCGCCCGGUGCGGCUGUCCGUGCUCACGGAGCGCCGCGCUUUCCAGCCCUACGGCAUGAACGGCGGUGAACCGGGUGAGCGCGGCUUGAACUUGCUACAGCGGGUGGACGGGCGGGUUAUCAACCUUGGAGGAAAAGCGUCCGUCAAAGCGUACCCAGGGGACAAGUACAUAAUGAACUCUCCCGCGGGCGGCGGCUACGGGCCGCCUUCAGAUUCGCCGCCCGCUGAUUCGCGCGCGGAACAACGCAGCGGCUUUCUCGAGCGCGGCAGCGUCUAUGAGUAUCGGAGCGCGCAGGAAUCCGUCUAGAGAUAUCACACGGCGUCUAACCAAAGAGAUCAAUAUUAUGAAAUUCUUCAAAAAUAGUUAAUUCGUUACAAACGAGUUAGGAAAAAAUACAUAAGUACAGGAAAAUAAAA